UGGUAUAUUUCUCGUCAUUGGUAUCUCGCUCUAUCCAUGUUACGUAAUUAUAAUAAUCGUGGGUACGUAGUUUUUCGUCAUGAUGAACUUGCAUAUGGCCUUUCAGUCAUACAAGAAUGGUAUG